AUGAGCGUGUUCUUGGGCCAUCGUAGAAACAUAGAUAGGGUCGACGACGGAACGAAGAACUCACCCUAGAUACAGCUUUUUCGUACACGUUCACUUGCAUCACAUACACAAGUGCUCUCUGAACCGUGCAAUAAGGUUUUUAGGUUAUGCAAUAGACGGGAGGCUUAGCUCUGGAUCCCCCCUCCCUGCUUGCAGAAAUGAAUGGAUCAGAAGGGGGCUGGGUUCUAUUUCCGGGCCGGGCGGGAGGUGAAGGCCAUAGAUUGCCCUCCCGGUAAGGAAGAGAGGAAAAGGGUGCUUUCUCAAAGCAGAGGAGGCUGGUUGGGCAGCUGGUACCACGAGCCCUCUGUCCCACACAUCUAUCCAGAAGCAAGUGUAGUUCACCGGUUCCACCGAAUGCUCCUAUCUCUCGGCAAAGAUCGUGUGAGUGUGCAGUUAUGCUUCGGAUGCUUCGCCAUAAUAGAUCGACCCAGUUCCCGUUCUUUUCCGGUGCACUCGCUUUAUAUCUCCGACACACUACUAGGAAGGACGCGGUGGGAAGGAAGCAGCCCUAGCCUCUGUCCGGCCGAUCAUUCCGCUGGCAUCUUGCAUUCACGCCUCCGUUUGACUGCCACUCGGGGAUGGAGUUGUAGAUACGUUAGUCUUAGCGGAUCGUUGGCUCCGCCUGUUAUCUCCUUCUACGACAUGCUGUUGUCGUCGCCAUAUUCCUUAUGUAACUAAGUCAUCUCUGCCUCGCUGCGGGUCAGCACCUCCGAAAGAAACGGAGGACUUCAUUCAGUGAGUCCGCGAUCGCCCUCUAAACGAUCAGAAUAA